AUGGCGGAUCGCCCAGAGUCACUGCAUGACGCCAAGCGCCGGCGCGGAUUCACCGAUCUCCCCGUAAGUCAUGGCGGAGCUGGUGAAGGUGGUACCGCGCCGCUCGUUCUCCGCCUGUCCGCCUUCCGCGCUCACCUCUCCAUCCCUCAUCCCCCGCACUUCUUCUCCUCCCUCUGUGCCACUUCCCCGUCAUCACCGCAUGCAGGCGGAGCUGGUGGAGGCGGUGCUGCGCCGCUCGUUCUCCGCCUGUCUGUUUCUCCCCCACCAUCAUCCAUCCCUCUCCUCCCUCAUCCCCCCCUUUUCCCCCUGCGACGUUGUCGUGUUCCCCUUCAUCGCCGCGUGCAGGUGGAGCUGGUGGAGGCGGUGCUGCGCCGCUGCCUGCAGUCGCCCGCCUGCUCGCCGCGCCAAUACGCCCACACGCUCCUCGUGUGCUCCCAGUUUUGUGACAUUGGCAUGUCCCCCGCGAUUCUGCGCAUUCUCCCUCCCUCCGUGCUGCUGCCGCGCUUUGAGCGCUGGAGCGACUCCAACCUGCACUUUCUGAGAAGCUGCGCUGCUGCUGGGAACAGCGAGGCCUUGUUUAUUCUCGGCAUGACCUACACCUACUGCUUCAACGACCCUAACACAGGCUCGGCGCUCCUUACCCGAGCAGCCAGGGACGGACACGUGGCAGCACUGCAUUCGCUGGCGAUAUUUCUGCUCAACCGUGGCAAUGCGAUGCCUAAGAGAAGCUGUGACGACAGCAGCAGGCAUCGUGAUCUGGUUACCAGUGGUAACCAGCUGGCUCACUGCGUGCAGCACGGCGUGGGGGCGCGCAGCAACGAGCGCAUGGCCCACUUGCUGCUCGCCCGUGCCCGUGCCCUGCAGGUGCUGCGACGGGAGCAGGGGCGGCGAGGGGAGCAAAGGGAGAGUUCGCAGCUGGACCGGCAGCAGCAGCAGCAGCAGCAGCAGCAGGCGAGACAGCAGCAAGAGCAGAGGAAGCGGGUGCUGUGUGGGGCUUGGAAAUGUGCGUUGAGACAAACAGAGGACGGGACCUCUCAGGUGAAACCUCAGGUGCCAUCAGCACUGCCAACUGCGCAAAUGGCAACAACACUAGAAGCACAGCUGCGACCCAUCCCACGAGCAGCAGCACACGAGCCACUCAUCCCGCCAGCAGCAGGACACGACCCACCCAUCCCACCAGCAGCACAAGAGCCAAUCACUCCAGCAGCAGCAGAAUGUGCGUCACUCACCUCUGCAGCAGCAGAACCAACAGCACACGAGCUGCACAUUUCAGCACCGCCAGCACACGCGGCACCCGCCCCAGCAGCAGCAACAGCAUGGCCACAUCACCAGUGGCUGCCGGUGCCUCGUCACCCCAUCCACUCCUUCCUGCUGCGAUGGCGCAAGCAGGACGAAGAGGAGUUGUCAGUUGGAGGAAUGGGCAAGAACGCGUGGGAUGGUGGCUGA